UUUUUAGUCACCAGCAGAUGAUGUCGUCGGUCGAGUCUAGUGAGUUUCUAUCACAUGGGCUGCUGGCCUGCUGCGCUAGCGCUCCGUAAACUAGCAGUGGCUGCAGUGCCAAUUUGCAUGGCAGAAUUUUUAUGGAGCAUCCCGUCCCCUUCAGGUUCUCUCUUCCCCCCUCUCUUUUUUUGUUUUUGUUUUUGUUUUUCUUUCUUUCCUCUUUGGGGAGGAGGCUGGCUAAGAAUAACAACUGACUGGGACGUGGAUUGAUGAUUGAUGAUGCUAUGAUGGAAGACCUCUCUGU